AUGGAAUUAUGUUGUCAGUACAUUAAUGGAGGUGUUAUUGACCAUGGAAAGUGUCUCACUAUGAAUUUUCUACAUAUUUCUGUGUUGUUUUCACUAGCAAGCGUAUUGAUACAUACAGAUCCUGCACUCAGCCAAGAUGAAGGAAUUAUUUUGCCGAAUGAAGUUAUUCAGACGUCUGCCAAAGAAGCCAAGAAGCUGAUAGACACAGCGUACUUACAGACUAGGACUAAUUUGAAGACACGAUUGAAAAGGGAAGCUACGAGAUUUCAGGAUGUAAUGGCUUUCUUCAAGCAGCCUGUAGGAACAACUAGAAAUGUCAUCCGAUCUGCAGAUUACUUGGAUGUGACUCUCCAGCUCAUAACUGAGAAGUUGAAAAUGAACCAUCCUCAACCCUUCAAUGUCUCAGAUGUACUAACAGAAGAACAAAAAGAAAUUAUUGCCCAACUGACUGGAUGUGCCUAUCAGUACCUGCCAAAAGUAUGCGACGAUUCACUCUACCGGACCAUCACAGGAGAGUGUAAUAAUAGAAAGAAACCUAUUCUUGGCUCAUCCAACACUGGUUACAAACGUCUUCUCAGCCCAGAAUAUGAGGAUGGUGUAUCACUGCCACGAGGCUGGACUCAAAGCCGUCCCAUCAAUGGGUUUACUCUACCAUUGGCUCGUGCAGUGUCAAAUGAAAUUGUGAAGUUCCCAAAUGAGUUAAUGACCUUGGAUGGAAGUAGAUCACUCAUGUUCAUGCAGUGGGGUCAGUGGUUGGAUCACGAUACUGACCUCUCUCCUGAAACCCCUGUAAGAUCAACAUUCUUUCAAGGAGUUGAUUGUGAAAAGAGCUGCGUGCAGGCGCACCCAUGUUUCCCAUUAUCGAUUCCAUUAAAUGAUAAUCGACACAUUAAUGGCUCUGAGUGUAUCCCAUUGGUUCGCUCAGCCCCAGUGUGCAGUUUGGUAACUCCAGUUCGUGAACAAAUCAAUGCUCUAACUUCAUAUGUUGAUGGCAGCCAAGUGUAUGGUAGUGACAUCAAAGUAGCCACUGCGCUUCGCAACAACACAAACCAACUUGGUCUGUUGGCUGUAAAUGAGCAGUUCACGGACAAUGGUUUCCCCUUCCUCCCUUUUAAUGGAAAUCAGGAUGACCUAUGUUCCAAGACAAACCAGUCAUUAGGACUUCCCUGUUUUCUAGCAGGGGAUGUUCGAGUCAGUGAGCAACCUGGGCUGACAGCGUUCCAUACUCUCUUCUUGAGGGAACACAACCGUAUUGCGGCAGCGCUGCAUAAACUAAACCCAAAUUGGACUGGAGAAAUACUAUACCAAGAAACUCGCAAGAUAAUAGGAAGCCUCCAGCAGAAAAUAACAUACAAAGAUUGGCUGCCACUUCUCUUGGGUAGCGAGUUUUCAAAAGUUCUUCCUAGAUAUAUAUCUUACAAUGAGGAUGAAGACCCAGCAGUGUCAAAUGUCUUUACCAUCGCCUUCAGAAUGGGUCAUACCCUAAUCCAACCAUUUAUAUACAGAUUGGUAGAAGAUUACAUUCCCUAUGAUCCAGAGCCAGUAGUCCCACUCCAUCAUAUGUUCUUUACCACAUGGAGAGUGGUCAGACAAGGUGGAAUUGAUCCCAUACUCCGUGGUAUGAUGGUCAAUAACGCCAAACUUAACCAACAGAACCAGAUGGUGGUUGAUGAACUGAGGGAUCGCCUCUUCAAGAUGAUUAAUCAUAUUGGUCUGGAUCUAGCUGCUCUUAAUAUACAGAGAGGUCGGGAACAUGGAUUACCAGGUUUUACUAUGAAAAUCCUUCAGUAUUCAGUCCAGCCCAAAGAAGUUCAAUAG